AACCCCACCGUAAUGGCGCGCGGCGGCGGCAAAAAUCCCCCAAAUCCAUCGUCUUCUCCACACCGCUUCCCUCCCACCUCGCUGGAUCCACCUCUCCUCCCCCCACCCCACCCCACCCCCGCCUCCACGCACCGGCCCUAGCGGAGCGGCAUGGACUCGGCGAUGCUCUCGCUCACCUGCGCCGGCCUCGGGGCCGCCGAGGAGGACGACGACGGGGGCGCCGUCGGCUACGUCAAGGGCGAACACUGCCUCGACAACCUGAAGGAUCUGCAGAGGCUGCUGCGGCGGGACGACCCGGAGCGGCGGGAGGUCUUCAAGCAGGUCUGCAAGUGGAGGAUCGCGUCCAGGGAUCUGGUGCCCAUCAUCGAGAACUACCAGUCCGACCGCAACCUCGUCAUCACGGCAGUGAAAGUUUUGGUAUUCCUCACCAUGCCUGUCGAUCCUUCAUCAGAGGAUGUUGCUCAGCAGAUAGAGUAUCUGUGGGAUUUGAAGGCUGCACUCACACGGAAUGUUGCAAUCGCAGUGAUUGUGUCCCUUCUUGAGGACCCAUUGGAUCAUUUGGAAAGAACUUCAUUCACGGAAGAUGACUGGAAGCUAGUACAGUUGGUGCUUACUUUAUUCCGCAACGUCUUGGCUAUUCAAGAAAUCACAUUGCCUCAGAAGGCAUCUGGGGAAGCUACCCAGUUAUUGUACCUGGCUGACAGCUUUUUAGAACUCAUGUUUAAAGAAAAUAUGAUGGACCUAAUCUUAGUGCUAGCUCAACAUAUUGAUGAGCCCUCUGGUUAUCUCAAGCAUGAAAACCUUCUUUUGUUGGAAAUCUUUCAUUAUCUUUUCUUGGGCCGGGACCCAGAAUUGAUCGCCAAAGUUCGUCCUGAAGGCUCAAAGGAGCAGGUCAAUGGAGAUAUCGAUACAUCAGUUGAUUCAUUGAGAUUGAUGAUGGAGAAGGAAGAGAGGGAAAAAAGGAUGUUCAGGCAGAGAAAUGCGGAGAAUCACGCACUCAACGGAAUUUUUACAUGCCUUGCAGUGGAUGGAUCUAAGUCAUUGUGCAAAGGGAACCCCAGCUCAGCAAUGUCAUCAGCAAAUAGCCUCCGGAAAAUGCGUAAUGUCCAAAGAGGCCCUCAGAAAAGGAUAGCAUGGGAUAAUGAACUUCUUUACAUACCAAAGGAGGGUAUUAUGGAAAUGCUAAGAAGUUUCAUGGAUCAAUUUUUAUCUGGAGGAUAUAAUGUCCUGAUGCAGUCUGUUUGUGAUGAUAUCGUGAAGCAGCAUCAUUCUAUUGAGAAAUCUGAUAACAUUACAUUCUUCAAAGUCGUUUGCUUUGUCUUAGCUUUUCAACACGAGAAAACAUCAAAUGCUCAGAAAUCAAGUGCUGGGCCCCAGCUGUCUGAGACUUCACCAGGCAAUGAAUGUGAUGAUCUGCCAUUUCGUGGUGACAUAUGUGGACCUGUUGCAGCCACAUUAAACGAAGAUAUGUUCAAUAUAGUCUUGUCCAGGUGGCGUGAGGCCUAUGAAGACCUGAAGCAUACUAAGGAUUACAAAACUCUUUCAGCUGCUGGCUCCUUAAUGAAGAACAUGAUUGGCAUGAUAUAUUUGGUGGUGAAAGUUCAUCCUGAAGAUUCAAGGGAAUCUCAAACAGCCCGUGUUUUACUGUAUAAGCUGUUCUAUGAUCAGACAGAACAAGGCCUGACUCAGUUUCUCCUGAACUUGUUCAGAUCUUUUGAUACUCAUAAGCAACCAAAAAGUGCUCUUGCGGAUUUACUAGAAACAGUUCAUAUCAUGCUACAGCUGAUGGAGAAGCUUCAAGCACGUGGUGCUUUAAGGGUUGCGAAAAGGACAAGAAAGGGCAGAAAAAGGAAGACGUCAGAUGACAAACAUCAGAGUAUCGAACCUGAAACAGAGAAUGUGGAGCAAAGCUGUAUAGACCCAACAGAUGGGACUAAAGCUACAUCUGAUUCACUUCCAGAUUUGAGAAGUGAGGAUCCUCUAGCAGAACCUACUCUCUUAGAGCAAGGAAAAGUUGAUUCCGAUGGCACAGAUCUGCCAGAUACAAUUGUGGAUACGGCUGUUAAUCUGGAGAGCACCACACAGCUUGGAGGUGAUCCAUCUUCUGCAGGCAGUGGUGAAAAGGAAAGAAAUCCCAUUAAUGAAGAGGAAGAUACUUGUACCACACAGCUUGGAGGUGAUCCAUCUUCUGCAGGCAGUGGUGAAAAGAAAAGAAAUCCCAUUAACGAAGAGGAAGAUACUUGUACCACACAGCCUGGAGGUGAUCCAUCUUCUGCAGGCAGUGCUGAAAAGAAAAGAAAUACCAUUAAUGAAGAGGAAGAUGCUUCAGAUUCUUCAAGUGAUGAUUGCCCCCCAGCUACAAGUGAAGUUGAUUUUAACGUAUCGCGGUUAAUAUCCAGCCUAGCCAACAAUUCUGUUGUCCAAAAUAUAUGCUGGUUGUUGAAGUACUAUAAGACUAACUCCUUUCGAACAAACCACUACAUCAUAUGCAUGCUGCGGAGAUUCUGUGAAGAUCUAGAUGUGUCACCAAUGCUAUAUCAGCUAUCGCUUCUGACUACUUUCUAUGAUAUAUUAGUUGAACAGAAGUCUUCGAGUUCAAAGGAGUAUGCAAAUAUUGUAAAUUUUCUUUCUAAAAUUGUAAGGAAGUUGGUGAGAGCAAUGAAAAAACAGCCACUGUUAUUUGUUGAUGCCCUCUUUUGGAAGACAAGAAAGGAAUGCCAUUGCAUUGACGCUGAUUAUCUACUGAAUGAGUUCAAGGGAGAUGUUAACAAUAAGGGUGGUGAAGUUGGUUCAAGUAAAGGAUGGGGAGGUCCAGUAAAUAUAGCAGAUUCUCUUGGUGACGAUGAAGCUGACUAUGAUAUACCACAUGAACCAUAUGAUGGUGAUAAGAAUGGAGAUUCAUCUUCUGGUGAACGUGAAGGUGAUACUCAGAAGAGCAUGGGUGCCAGAGACAAAAGGAGCAUAUUACUGUCACUUUCAGACAGUGAAGGUGAAGCUGAGGAUAAUGAUAGGACUACUAUAUCUAGAGGCUCUCAGAAUAAAGAGGUCCCAAAGAGACGAGGGCGUUCCAUUUUUAAUGAAGAGCAAGAGAAGCUUAUCAGAGAUCUUCACGAGAAAUAUAAGGAUGAUCGUAAAUGCAGUCAUCUAAUUGCUGAAGCUCUAGAUCCCAGUGGAAAGAUAUCGUCGGCUCAAAUUUCUCGAAAGCUUACACAGCUAGGUCUCAGGAGUGUCACUAGGAGGACAAAAGUUCCAGAGGCAUCUCUUUCAGCUGAAGGUCUGGUUACACAACCACAAAACGAUGUGCUGGACGAUCCGAAGCCAGAAAGCACCCGGCGCAGGAGGAAAAGGCUUCAUCGAUUAAGCAGUAAGGAUGACAACAACGAUAAUCAUCCAGUAUCAUCUGAUGAAGAAACAUUGCAAUCACUUAAGGGCAGAACCAAAAAUAAGGAGCUGCCCUCGGUGGACCUUUCAUCGAGUAAAUCACAGCAUCAAGAGGCUUCGCAGGGUGAUUCUGAUGAUGAGACCAUAGGAUCUCUGCUUAGUAGAGGAAAGAAGAAAAGGUUAUCAACAUCAGAUGUUUCAGAGAAUAAACAAGAACACCUAGAUUCUUCGAAGAACAUUGCUCCGGGGGUUGAGACUAUCGGUUCAAAUAUCAUAACCAAAAAUAAGGAGCUGCCAUCUGUGGAUCUUGCACCAAGUAUAUCACAGCAUCAAGAGGCUUCUCAGGGCACAGAUUCUGAUGAUGCAACCAUAGGAUCUCUGCUUGGUAGAGGAAAGAAGAAAAGGUUAUCAACGUCAGAUAUUACAGAGAAUAAACAAGAAGACCUAGAUUCUUCAAAGAACAUUGGUCUGGGCAUUGAGACUAUCGGUUCAAAUGCCAUAACCAAAAAUAAGGAGCUGCCGUCCGUGGAUCUUGUACCGAGUAUAUCACAGCAUCAAGAGACUUCACAGGGCACAGAUUCUGAUGAUGAGACCAUAGGAUUUCUGCUUAGUAGAGGAAAGAAGAAAAGGUUAUCAACAUCAGAUAUUGCAGAGAAUGAACAAGACCUAGAUUCUUCGAAGAACACUGGUCGGGGCGUUGAGACUAUCGGUUCAAAUAUCAUACCCAAAAAUAAGGAGCUGGCCUCGGUGGAUCUUCCACCAGGUAUAUCACAGCAUCAAGAGGCUUCGCAGGGCACAGAUUCUGAUGAUGAAACCAUAGGAUCUCUGCUUAGAGGAAAGAAAAGAAGGUUAUCUACAUCAGAUGUUACAGAGAACAGACAAGAACACCAAGAUUCUUCGAAGAACAUUGUUCCGGACAAUGAGACUGUCGGUUCAAAUGUCAUGGACGCCCCUCUUCAUCCGGAGUUGAACUCAUCUAACGAUAAAGGUGGUGAUGCUGAACUUCUUGAUGACUUCAGUGAGCCUGAGCUGGAUGGUGGUGAAGAUACCGAGCAACGGACCAUCGAUGACAGAGACAUGCCUGAAUCUGGGGACAUGGCAGGCUCUAAUGUCAGUCAGAAGACUGGUUUGAAAAGAAGACACAGAAUGGUAAUUGACGACGAUGAUGAUGAGUAGUAGUUUACUUGAAAUUGGUGAGUGAAAAGUCAGAUACGUUUGGAGUAGAUGGUCUGCUACUGCUAUAUAGUGAGGUGACAUGCUUGUGAGUUGGGAACUGAGAAUUGGCAGUAAGCAGAUGCAACCUGAGGUUGUCAGGCUCUUGUCUUUGUACAUGAUUUAUUUUCCAAGUUGGCCCUGGUGUUAGUUUUGGAUACAGCCUCUCCAGCCAGUGUUGCGGUCUGAUCAAAUGUUACUAGCCAAUCGUAUGACGGUUGUAUGGGAACACGGUGCUCUCUUUGUUUAACUUGCAUGAUUCAUUCUCUAUGAUAAUAAAGAGUGCCUCUUGAUGUGGA